AUGCGCGCCCCACCACGUUCACCGUCACCCACCAAAUCGAGGUUUAACACGACCGCCCAAGACGAAGAGUCUGAAACGAUCACACUCGUGCAAGGCUCAUCACCACGCGUUGUCGAGGAAGAGAAAGAUCUCGUCAUUCUCGAAGACGUUGAAGUCGCGGUUCCUAGCCCACAACCACAGCAAGUCGUUCUUCCGCCGGCACCGCCAAAAACUCCCAGACGACAGAGCCUACAUCGCGCGGUGCUGAUUAGGAGUGCUCAUCGCGCUGUCCUGGCAGCAAAUGCGAAUCCUAUCCCCACGACCAACUUUAUGCAAGGGUCAAGCUUGGCACCGCGAACAGACAAUGCUUCUCCAUCCAAACCGGUAGCUCCAGUCUCCCCUACCAAGGGGAAAUAUGGUGCCCCUGCAGAGGAUGAUGAAACAGACAGCGACCACACUGAUACUGAGGACGAAGAGGAAGAAGUGCGAGCGCUCGGGUUGGAAGUCGUCAGCGUUUCCAGCGGAAGUGAGAGUGAAGAGGACGAAGAAGAUGAACCACAGCCCCCACGCCAGACUCUCAGCUGGCGCAAAAGUCUCGAGCGACUGUGGCCAUUUGGAAGAGUCAAAGAUGAGGAGGAGGAAGCAACGCUACCACCAGCACCGGCACAAGACGACCAUGACCAUGACGAGGAGGAGGAUAAUGAUGAUGAUGAUGAAAGAAACGAGCUGCAAACACCAGUCGUGUCACCGAAACGCAAGACUAUAAUCACACCAACGCAGCGCUCACCAACCAAGACCCCAACGCUUGCCCAGCCUCCCUCUCGGCCAACGACGCCGUUUGGCACUCGCAGGUCACCAGAUAAGCCCACGAAUGCUGGCAAUAGCACGCCAUUUGGUGCAAGGUCGCCCGUCAAGACAACACCUCAGUCGAUGUCCCCUCAGAAAAAUAACUCCAUCCAUAACUUCGCGGUUCCGCAUCCAGCUGCGCGGACCCCGAAAGGGUUCGGGAGACGAGGCUUGAGUCCAGUUGUGGAUAAAGCGUUGGAGAAGGAAGAGCCAAUGGAAGUGGACUCUGAGCCUGACUCACUGUAUGCCGGACUUGCAGAGGAGGCACGCUCUACCCAACAGAGGACGGUUACACCGCCACCGACAACGUCAACAACACCGACUACAAUAGACAAACACCCGAAACUCAAUCUCGCCAAUUUCAUGACGCCGCAGGCACCACGAACAGGUGCAAAUGCUUUCCGCAUCUCAAAAACUCCAAAUCCCAAUGCGGCUCCCGGUGGUGUUUCGCUGCAAUUGCCAGCAAGACACUCAGUCGCUGGUGGAGCGCAACGAAUCAGGAUUGAAGAUUCGCCGUGGAAAAAGCCUAGUAAAUCGACGCAGUCUGUUGUUCCUGCUGCUGCCACGCCAGUCGCAAGUCGCCCACGGGUAUCAGAAGCGGAACGAAAAGCGAUUUCGGAGCGCAGAAAGAGUGCCUUGACGGCACCCGAUAUGUUCUGGGCUGCUGGCGCUCCGGGGCUUUCGCCGCGCAAGUCUCCAGUAAAAAAGAUCGAGAAGCUGGACGAUGUAGAUGAGGAAGGCCUGAAGGAGGAUAAGGAUGCGACAAGAAUGUUGCGAGAGAUGAUGGACACGGUGGAUGUGUUGAAGAGGAGGAGGGAGAGCAUUAUGGCUGAUGCUGCUGAUCGGAAGAGCUUGGGCGGUGGUGGAGUCAUUGGGCCUUUGUUGUUUGCGAGCGGGACCAGGUCUUUGACGCCGGCGGUGACCACCAAUGAUGACGAUGAUGAUGAUAUGGAUGUCGAUGUGCCCCCACCGACAGCGCACAACGAAGAAAGUAGACCUUCGCCCUCUUUCUCCCCUCUCAAGCAGAAGGAAACAGCUGAGCUUGAAGGAACCAAACCACCCUCUCGACGCGGACGGAGCAAAGCUGCGGCAGAACCAGAGCUUGAGGCCGGGCCUGACGAAGCAACCCCAUUGCCUGAAAUCGCUCCAAUAACGACCACCAAGACCCGCCGUGGAAGAUCUGCUUCCAAAGAACCUGAAAGCGAACCGGUUAAAACAAGGCGAGGACGAUCUGCUGUAGCGACGACUGUGGGUCAAGACAAUGAAGACGAUGCUCCCGUGGCUACGACACGCAAACCGCGAAAACCGCCCUCAGUCAAUACAUCCCAGCCGAGUUUUGCACCUGUCUCAGAGCCGGUGGCCGCGAGACGUGGUCGUGCGGCUUCAGCAGCGCCGGCCAGUGCCCCAGAACGCAAGACCAAGACCAGAGCCCGAUCACGUGCUGCUGCUGACGAAGAAGAUGAAGAGAUGCAGGAGGAUGCUGAGAUCGAGGUAGUGAAAGUUGUUGCUCCCACUGCGAAACGAGUUGGAAGGACGGCAGCAGCUGCAAAGAAGGUCAAGGAGGAGGAAAGUGAUCCUGUUCUGGGGGCGACAAAGGCUGCGAAAAAGACACCGGCGAGAACGACGAGGAAAGGUGCUGCAGCAGCGUCUGCGCUAGCGGCUGUUGAGAAGGAGAAUGCGAGUGCGUCAGAAGAGGUUGUGGAGACUGCAAAAGUGAGGCUGUCGAGGAGCAGGAAGGCAAAGGAGGGUGUCAGUGAAGUUGUUGUUGAGGUCGAGCAGCCUGUUGCAACUGGUGCGGCGAGGCGGACGAGGACUAGGACGAAAACGUGA